UCUUAUUACUAUACAUUUAUUUCUAAUUUAUAUUUAAUUUACUAAAUUUACUAUUUAGUCUUUACAAUAACUUAUCUUUGCAUUUACUACAUUUUUGCUUUUAUUAUACCAUGGAACAAUUGUACUAAUUAUUUUAUGGCAUUUUUACGUUUUGCUUUGUUAAAUGAUUAUUAUCAGAAAAUAGUUCUAUGUGAUCAUGUCGGGUUUAACUACCGAAGUGUUUUAUGGUUCUUCUAAACGUAGUUCGUUUCAUUUAAUACCAUCAACAUCUUCAUCCAAAAAGGUAAGACGUGAACCAUGCCAUUUAAUUAAUGUCAAACGGUUGCUGGGACCUCCAAUUGGCUGGAAAAAUUUUCCUAGGCAACAAGAAGCACUAGAUUAUGCAAAAACUAAAUCAAAUGGUUGUAUGUCUUUCACAUAUGAACAAAGUAAUGGUCAACGAUAUUUUAUGGUUGCUCAUCCUGAAACGUUUUGGUACUAUGAUUCUCGUAAACCACAAAAUGAAAGACACACGUAUGAGAUCAUACCAGAAAAUAACCCAUGCAAAUUAUAUUUUGAUUUAGAAUUUAAUCGCAAUGAAAAUCCAGAAUCCGAUGGAAUAAAAAUGUUAGAAACCUUUGUUAAAAUUGUUAUUAUGUUUAUCAAACAAAAAUUUAAUAUUAUAUGUAAAGAAGAAGACAUUCUUGACUUAGAUUCAUCAACAGCUGAAAAAUUUAGUCAUCACUUAAUUUUUCAAACUUUGAUAUUCUCUAAUAACUGUCAAGCUGGUUAUUUUGUUCAUUUUAUAUGCUGUGAAAUUAAUAAAUUUUUGUCUGAGGAUCACUGUCUAGAAGAUAAUGGAUGCUUUUACAGUGGUAUAACUACUAAAGAUCUUAUUAAUUUAAAAAUUGAAAAAGGUUUAUUUUGUGACGAAAGUGUAUAUUCAAGAAAUAGACAUUUUAGAUUAUUUAAGUCAUCAAAAUUGAAAAAAAAUGUUCCAUUAGUCCUAAGCAAUACUAACAAGUAUAAACUUCCAGAAAUAGCUCAUUGCGAGGAUUGUUUUGACAAACAAAUAUUUUUAAAGUCUCUCAUAACAUUUGGUUGUGAUGAUAAUGUAUUAUUGAAUUUCACAAAUAUUGAUAGUCAAAUUGUUCCUAAAUUAUAUGGUGAUCAUGCACAUUUUGAUUAUAAAAAUCAAAAUACAUGUCAAUCAAGUUAUACAAGUUCACCUUUUCCACGAAUUGAUAAGUUUAUAUCCGAUCUCGUGUUCCCAGGAAAAAUCUUUAAAAAUCAUUAUUUUCCUUCAGUUAACAAAUUAGUUUACAGUAUUGUGAAGAACCGUUAUUGUGGAAACAUUAAACGACAACACAAAAACAAUAAUGUCAAGUACAUAGUUGAUUUGAAUGAAAUGUAUUGGUAUCAAAAAUGUUAUGAUCCCGACUGUGAACAGUACCGAUCAGAUGGCACUAAGUUGCCCAAUGAAAUUUGUUUUGAGUAUGCUAAUCAUAUAGUCGAUGAUUUAUCUGACAGCCAAUUAUUUGAAGUUGCAGAAGUUGCAGAAGCUGUUCAAUUAUAAAUUAUUAAAAUAAAUUAUAUCAAAAGCUUAUGAAAUAAUUAAUUUAUACUAUACGUUACAACCAAGUAAAUGUUAAUAUUUUGUUUUUUUAUUUUAAAAUGUUUUUGGACUAAGCAAUGUUUAGUUGUAGUUUGUAGUGAUC